AUGGCCAAGCCCCAACACAUUGAGGGGUCCCCAAGUUGGAGAAGGGAGCUUCUCUACGUCGACUGCUCCCCUGGGAAUGGAAGGCCCAGCAAACUUCUCACUCCUUCCUUUUCCCUGCCCCCUCCUCCUUUUCCUUCCUCCUCUUCUGCCUCCUCCUUCCUCUUUCCCACCCCUUCCUCUUCCUCUUCCUCCUCCGCCCCUGCCCCCUCCUUUUCCUACCCCUCUCCUUCCGCUUCUUCCCCCACUUCUUCUCCUUCCGCUUCUUCCCCCACUUCUUCCUCAUCCUCCCCACUCUUCCUCUUUCCCACCUUCUUCCCUGCCCCCUCCUUUUCCUUCCCCUCCUCCACUGCCCUUCCUUCCUCUUCCCCCACUUCUUCUCUUCCCCACUCUUCCUCUUCUUCCCCAUCUCCUUCCUCCUCUUCCUCCUCCUCCCACUCUUCCUCCUCUUCCCCAUCUCCUCCUUCCUCCACUUCCCACCCCUCCCCUCCUUUUUCCUACUCUGCCCCUCCUGCUUCUUCCCCCAUUUCUUCCUCAUCCUCCCCACCCCUCCUCUUCCUCCUUCUCCCUCCCCACUCUUCCCCCUCCCUGCCCCUCCUUUUCCUACUCUUCUCCCCCUCCUCUGCUUCUUCCCCCACUUCUUCCAUCCUCAUCCUCCCCACUCUUCUCUUCUCUUCCCCAUCUCCUCCUCCCUCCUCUUCCCCUCCUCCUUUUCCUUCCUCCUCCUCCUCACUCUCUUCCUCUUCUUCCCCAUCUCUUUCUCCUUCCUCU